ACAAUACAUCAAUGAUUGGGCAUCCAGCGUGAUCUUUGAGUACUACCGUAGUAAACGUGACAUUGUAAAAAUGCCUCCUUGUCGUGUCUUGGUUAGAGAUGUUGGCCGCUGAACGGAGCUAACCCUUGCGGGUCCUAGUGUUCUGUAACAUUCACUGGCCAGCCAUAACAAGAGAGCAUACAUUACAUACUGUUUGUCGACAUCCCGAGUACAAUACAAUACUACCUAGACACCUUUGGUAUGUUUGAUGUUGGCCCAAAAGUGGGCACUAAACCUGGCGGUGAUUAAUUCCAUUCCAUGCCUGGUUCGAUCUUGCCGUGGGGUGGAGUCACGUGAUUAAAGCUCGCGCCUGGGGCCCAGGACUUUGCAGCUUCACUUUGCCGAACAAGCGAACGAACGACAGCGAAUCCCUCGUCAUCCCCUCGAUCACCGCCACCCAACAACACAAUGGCCGCACCACGAAGCGCAGCUCUCAAGCUCGACUGGGCGAAAGUCACGACGUCGCUCGGCCUGCGCGGCCAGACGGUCGCGGGGCUUCAGGCCUUCAAGAAGCGCAAUGACGACGCCCGCCGCAAGCUGCAGGUGCUGUCGGAGCAGCCGACCCAGGUCGACUUUUCGCACUACCGCAGCGUCCUGAAGAACCGCGCCGUCGUAGACGAGAUCGAGAAGCGCUUCACCGCCUUCAAGCCUGCCUCGUACGACGUCAGCCGCCAGCUCAAGGCCAUUGAGGCCUUCGAGGUCGAGGCCGUCAAGAACGCAGAGGCCACCAAGCACAAGGUCGACCUGGAGCUCAAGGACCUCGAAAAGACGCUCACCAACAUCGAGACCGCGCGGCCGUUUGAAGACCUCACCGUGGACGAAGUUGCGGCCGCCGAGCCGUCCAUCGACGAGAAGACAUCCCAGCUUGUCUCCAAGGGCCGCUGGUCAGUUCCGGGAUACAAGGUGCGUUCUGCUCGCUCUGCGUCAAAUCUCCGUUUUCAACUCGGGCUUCACGAGUCAAGAAGGGUGAGAUAUAUACCAUCCUUGGACCAAUUACUAAUAACGACAACAGGAGAAAUUCGGCGACCUUUCCGUACUCUAGACGGACGUCUCGGGUUCCGACUUUCUUUUUAUUUGUGUACUCUAGCAUUGUAGAUAGCAGAAAUGCCGCGUCGGCGAGGAGGGGGUGGCAGGUGAAUUGCAUCCUGAUUGAUAUCCAAACCGCGUGCCUGCCUGUGCCUUGUGUGUCUGCACCUGGAUAGUGCCCUUUUAACCCAGUUGUUGGUCCCGGCUUGCUGCCGGCUCUGGUCCGUUUCGGCGUUGCAACUGCCCUCUGUUCUCUCGGCCAAGAUAAGUAUGGCGACAACUUGUCUUGUUAACACUAUUUUAUGAGCGCUCUGAGGAUAUGCAUGGCAGUUUACGUGAGGCUGUACAGCACAUGUUCUACGUUCAACUUCCUCUAGGAUAUUGGGCCCCGGGCCUUACACGUGGUAUAGCUGUAGACGGAAAGCGCAUAUCUGGCGUCGGCCGCCGGCUUGUCAAAGACUCAAAUCAUUCGUCCGCUCUACGCUCUCUGUAGCUAUUUGUGCAUUGUCGAUGCCCUCUUAUCUCGAGGAUUGCCAGCAGCCUCCAUACCCGUUCUCGC